GCCCCGCGGGUACUGCGUCCGAGCUGGCUUUCUAUUGCAGUGCUAGGAUUCUGGAGCCCUGCGGUCGCCGAUUCUGAUGCACGAUCGUGCGGGGCCUCCAACCUCGCGGCCGCCGUGAAUGCAUUUGCUGUUCACUACGUUCCGGCUCACGCACGCAGUGGAAUUAUGCAAGGAUAGCUUGAAACACUCAAUCACUCCCUACCGCCGUCUCCUAUCACCACGCCCCCAGCCAAACUCGCCCCCACGCCUCACUGCAGCCAUGGGCAAUUGUGGGAGCAAAAAGGGCGUGGAGACGCUGCCGACGCCGCCGACGAAAACGAGCACGGGCGGGAGCGACGUUACGAGCAGCACGACCAGCAUAAGGGCGGCCGAGACCUCGCCCCAGAAACUGCCGGCGCCGCCGACGUCGCCGCUCACCCCCCCAAAGCCGCCGGCGAAGACGCGCGCCCUCGUCUUCACGGACGCCGGCGCCGAUCUGGACGAUGAGAUGGCUUUGCUACUCGCGAAGGCGUUGAUUGACGCGGACCAAUUAUCACUCGAAGCAGUAGUGUGCACGCUACACCCGGCAAAAAGACGCGCGCAACUCGUGCGAGGCACACUCGACGCCUUAGGGUUGAGCGACGUCCCUGUUAUUGUAGGGAGCGACGGCGGCGACGCGCAGAAGCAGCAGACGGCGCCCGCGCCGGAGGACCACGACUACAUCCCCGGAGACGAUGAUGAGAGAACUAAAUCACUGAAGAGCAUGAGCGAGGUGCACGAGCUGCUCGAACGAGUCGCGCCGCAUUCCAUUUCCAUCGUUAUUUUGGCUUCACUUAAAGAUGCUGCUUCUCUGUUAAAACGGAAUGAGAGAUUGUUCGUCAAUAAAGUGCGAGACGUGACGAUCAUGGGCGGCGUGCGCUGGCCCGUCUCAUCAUUCGCAGAGCCGGACUCGGCCCACAACAACUCCUUUGAUAUGAAAGCUUCGGAGUACUUCUACAGACGGUGCCAAGAGCUCGGAGUGCCAUUGAUAGUUGUCGGUAGAGAUGCGUGCUACGAGGUCGCCGCGCCGAAGGACAUCUAUGAAGAGUUGGGAAAUACCGAGAGCGAAAUAGGUAAACGACUAAGGGACGCGGCGCAUGAAACAAUCGACGAUUUACGAAGGCGGGCGGCCUCGACCGGUGCCGAGAGGCGAGGCCUACCGAGCAGGUGCGACGCCCAGUGGUUCGCCGACAACUUUUGCCACGGCAACCCCGAGGUACUCGUAAGGCCCUUACAGGAGUCGGUCUGGGAUUUAGUCGUGGCUUUUAACCUGUAUGACGUCGUCGCGCUGGCUUUGGCCGUACCUUUGUUGCGGGAGGCCUUCGUCUCUCCUCAGUGUGUGGUGGAGGUGAAUGGCGUCUCUCAUUGCUUCGUGGGCUGCGCGCCGGGCGCGCCGGCGUUCCGGUCCGCGAAGGCGCGUCGAGCUUGUGCUAAAUUGGUCGCGGAGGGGCCGCUGAAGGGCCACGCGACGCGGUGCGCCGACGGGGACAUUCCCGCGAUGCGCGACUCGUCUCUAGUUUUUACGGACGGGAAGCUCCAGCUCGCCGGGGCCGCGUUGUUCGGGGACGUUUUGAGGGAGGCGCGGUGAGACGAGGGGGAGGUUUUGUUUUGUGGUGCCCCGCUAUUCGGGAGAAGGGGUUGUUCUAAUCUAUCGAGUAGUCCGGUA